GCGCGCGGGCAGCUCACUUCCGCCCGGCAGGUGACAGCCGCGGGGCUCGGAGCGGCGAGCAGCGCGGACGCACCGGGAGAGCGGGAGGAGAAGGCCGCGGACAUUUUGCUGCCGAACCGAACCGAGCCCUGGCGUCAGGAGCUGUUCGGACCUGCGGAAUCUGGCCACAAAUAAGGGACCAAAAUGACUGACUCAAAGUAUUUCACCACGACCAAGAAAGGGGAGAUCUUCGAGCUGAAGGCAGAGCUCAACAGUGACAAGAAGGAGAAGAAGAAGGAGGCAGUGAAAAAAGUGAUUGCAUCAAUGACCGUGGGCAAAGAUGUCAGUGCCCUCUUCCCCGAUGUGGUAAACUGUAUGCAGACGGACAACCUGGAGCUGAAGAAGCUAGUGUAUCUGUACUUGAUGAAUUAUGCCAAGAGUCAGCCUGACAUGGCCAUUAUGGCUGUCAACACCUUUGUGAAGGACUGUGAGGACCCUAACCCCCUUAUUCGAGCCUUGGCUGUGCGGACCAUGGGCUGCAUCCGCGUCGACAAGAUCACAGAGUACCUAUGCGAACCACUCCGGAAGUGCCUGAAGGAUGAGGAUCCAUACGUGCGCAAGACAGCCGCUGUGUGUGUGGCCAAGCUUCAUGACAUCAACGCCCAGCUGGUAGAGGACCAGGGCUUCCUGGACACCCUUAAAGACCUCAUCUCAGACUCUAACCCCAUGGUGGUAGCAAACGCAGUGGCCGCCCUGUCGGAGAUCGCCGAGUCUCACCCUAGUAGCAACCUGCUCGACUUGAACCCACAGUCCAUUAACAAGCUACUGACAGCCCUAAAUGAGUGCACCGAGUGGGGCCAGAUCUUCAUUCUGGACUGCCUGGCCAACUAUACGCCCAAGGACGACCGUGAGGCCCAGAGCAUCUGUGAGCGGGUCACCCCCAGGCUCUCCCAUGCCAACUCUGCUGUGGUGCUCUCUGCUGUGAAGGUGCUGAUGAAGUUCAUGGAGAUGUUGUCUAAGGACCUGGACUACUAUGGCACACUGCUCAAGAAGCUGGCCCCACCCCUGGUCACACUGCUGUCAGCCGAGCCAGAGCUGCAGUACGUGGCCCUGCGCAACAUCAACCUCAUCGUGCAGAAAAGGCCUGAGAUCCUGAAGCAUGAGAUGAAGGUCUUCUUUGUGAAGUAUAAUGACCCCAUCUACGUGAAGCUGGAGAAACUAGACAUCAUGAUCCGCCUGGCCUCCCAGGCCAACAUCGCCCAGGUGUUGGCAGAGCUGAAAGAGUACGCGACAGAAGUGGACGUGGACUUUGUUCGGAAGGCUGUGCGCGCCAUUGGCCGCUGUGCCAUCAAGGUGGAGCAAUCUGCAGAGCGUUGUGUGAGCACUCUGCUCGAUCUCAUCCAGACCAAGGUCAACUACGUGGUCCAGGAAGCCAUCGUGGUCAUUAAGGACAUCUUCCGCAAGUAUCCCAACAAGUACGAGAGUGUGAUCGCCACACUGUGUGAGAACCUGGACUCCCUGGAUGAGCCUGAGGCCCGGGCUGCCAUGAUCUGGAUUGUGGGCGAGUACGCCGAGCGUAUCGACAAUGCCGACGAGCUGCUGGAGAGCUUCCUUGAGGGCUUCCAUGAUGAGAGCACACAGGUCCAGCUGCAGCUGCUGACAGCCAUUGUGAAACUCUUUCUGAAGAAGCCAACAGAGACCCAGGAGCUCGUGCAGCAGGUCCUCAGUUUGGCCACUCAGGACUCGGAUAACCCAGACCUGCGGGAUCGGGGCUACAUCUACUGGCGCCUGCUCUCCACAGACCCAGUGGCAGCCAAGGAGGUGGUGUUGGCUGAGAAGCCGCUCAUCUCGGAAGAGACAGACCUCAUCGAGCCCACGCUGCUAGACGAACUCAUCUGCUACAUCGGCACACUGGCCUCCGUCUACCAUAAGCCACCCAGCGCCUUUGUGGAGGGGGGCCGGGGCGUUGUGCACAAGAGCCUGCCACCCCGCACUGCCUCGAGCGAGAGCACAGAGAGCCCUGAGACAGCCCCUGCCGGAGCACCCCCUGGCGAGCAGCCGGAUGUCAUCCCCACCCAGGGUGACCUGCUGGGUGACCUUCUCAACCUGGACCUCGGUCCCCCGGUGAGCGGUCCACCCCUGGCCACCACAUCAGUGCAGAUGGGAGCUGUGGACCUUCUUGGCGGUGGCCUUGACAGCCUGAUGGGGGAUGAGCCUGAAGGGAUUGGGGGCCCCAACUUUGUGGCACCCCCAGCAGCAGCAGUACCAGCCAGCCUAGGAGCACCCAUCGGCAGUGGCCUGAGUGACCUCUUUGACCUAACCAGUGGUGUGGGCACCCUGUCAGGAUCAUACGUGGCCCCUAAAGCAGUCUGGCUCCCAGCCAUGAAGGCGAAGGGGCUGGAGAUCUCGGGCACCUUCACCCGCCAGGUGGGCUCCAUCUCCAUGGACCUGCAGCUGACCAACAAGGCACUGCAAGUCAUGACCGACUUCGCCAUCCAGUUCAACCGCAACAGCUUCGGCCUGGCCCCCGCCGCCCCGCUCCAGGUCCACGCGCCACUCAGCCCCAACCAAACUGUGGAGAUCUCCCUGCCUCUCAACACGGUGGGCUCAGUCAUGAAGAUGGAGCCUCUGAACAACCUCCAGGUGGCCGUGAAGAACAACAUUGACGUCUUCUACUUCAGCACCUUAUACCCACUGCACAUCCUCUUUGUGGAGGAUGGGAAGAUGGACCGGCAAAUGUUCCUGGCCACGUGGAAAGAUAUUCCCAAUGAGAAUGAAGCCCAGUUCCAGAUCAGAGACUGCCCCCUCAAUGCAGAGGCUGUGAGCAGCAAGCUGCAGAGCAGCAACAUCUUCACCAUCGCCAAGAGGAACGUGGAGGGCCAGGACAUGCUCUACCAGUCCCUGAAACUGACCAACGGCAUCUGGGUGCUGGCGGAGCUGCGGAUCCAGCCAGGCAACCCCAGCUUCACGGACUUGGAGCUGUCCCUGAAGUGUCGAGCACCAGAGGUGUCCCAGCACGUGUACCAGGCCUACGAAACCAUCCUCAAGAACUGAGGCUCCAGCCAGCGCCCGCCCCAGCCUCCUGCCAGCCCCACUAAGGAGCUCCCGGGGGAUGGCGGCACCUCCUUCUCCUCAUGGAAGGGCCAGGCGGGGCUCCUGGCCACCCAGGGGGCCCCCUGGUUCUGACUGCAGCACCCACCUGGGUUCUCAGGGCAGGGUGGCACCCCUCCCCGGGGUGCAAUCUCAGUGCACUCCUGUGUUCCGGGACACCCCUCUUCCAUUGCUGCUGACGUGUGGGGUCAGGUGAGGAGGGGACCAAAGGAAACAGAGCCAGAGCGGCGGCAGAAACCAGUCAGGGAGGCGAGGGUUCUCCUUUCCCUUUCUCCUGUGCUGCAGGAUGAGUGUGGAGCUCGCGCCUCAGGCUCCAGCCCCACCGCCUCGCCCCUUAUCUCUCUUGGGUUGGUGUUAGGGGUCCCCCACUGCUACCUCGAGUGGGGUAGGUCCUGCCAGGCAGGCCUGGGUAUACAGGGAGGGUCCCCUUGGUACCAGCAGAGCUGCUGACAGAGGGGCAGGGCUGAGCUGGGAGGAGCCCAGGGCCUGCACCCCGCUCCUGCAUCUACCGGCCUGGUGCCCUGCCGCUGUGCCAGUCCAGCCGCAGCCCCUGAGCACUGCCCUGCAUGGUCUAGACCAGGCAGAAGCUCCCAGAGCCUGUCUUCAGGCCCCUGCUCCCCACUCCUGCCUGAGGACUGUCACUGCCUGUGAUACAUUCCUUGGUGUCGCCCCAGUGAGCCCUGGGCUCCUGGAGCAGACAGGGCCCCGGAUGGGGCCGCGGGCGAGUGGGUGUGCUUCCUGUUUGGGGUUUCUUUGGGGUUUCUCGUUAGUAUCUGCUGCCCUCUCCCUGGCCUCCCAAGUUUCAGUUGUGUCUGAUGGAGCAUUAGGUUUUCCUGUUACUGCUGUUUAAUAAUAAAGAAAGAUUCUGCUUUUGGCAAUCACGGACACUUUUUUCCCCCUCCACCAAAUGUCAGAAUUGAAAACUGCCUCCAAGUGGCUGGGGACAGUUUUCUGACUCCUGCAGUAAUUAUAUCUAAUAUAUAUACAUAGAAAAUAUAUAUUGUAUGUUUACUCUUAUUUUCAAAAAGAGAAAGUGAAUAAAAAUGAUAACAUCAA